CAUUGUUAAUUUGAAAGUCUUGGAGCAAUCUUAUCCACGAUCAAAAUAUAUUUGAAUUUGGCAUAUGAUGAAAAAUUCAGAGAGUGAUAUAAUAAUUUGAUUCCAGUGUUUUAUACAUAAUUCCUGGUGCUUCGUAGAAAUAUUUGUCGCCGCCCAUGUUCAAUACAGAUAAUAUUCAACAAGAAAAACCCCAACAGUAGCAGUAAAUAAGAAACUGUUGAGCAUUUAACAUGAAAUAUCUUUUAUUUUAUUUUACGUGUUUUGUGUUUGUGAAUGCCCAGUACGAAGUUCCCGAGGCAAUUGUUGAAGUAUCUCGACCAAGGGGAUUUAAAGUGUCUAUUCCAGAUGAGCCGGGUGUCCGUUUAUUCGCUUUCCAUGGAAAAAUUAAUCAAGAUUUCGACGGAUUAGAAGCAGGAACGUUUGCGAGAGAUAUAUUACAAGCAAAAAAUGGCCAAUGGUCUUUUGUUGAUAGGGAAACUAAGCUCAAAUCUGGUGAUAUUAUAUAUUAUUGGCUGUACGUGGAUUUCUUCGAUGGAAUUAGAACACUUGGUUACAGAAGGUUUGGUGACUAUCGUGUUCCAGAGAUUCCAGAUAUUGAUGUCAGACUGAAACCUAAUGAAGAAUCUAAAGUUUUAUUACAUGAAAACUUUUCAUCUAUUACACUUAGACCAAAUAUAUGGACAAUCGAGCAACAAUAUGCAGAUGCACCAGAUUAUGAGUUUGUGAUAUAUGUUAAUCGACCGGAAACUUUGCAAAUCAACGAUGGUAAAUUAACAAUCAAACCAGUUCUUUCCGAAGAUAUUUUUGGCGAAGGAUUUGUGAGAUCUUCAGAUGGAUACGAUUUUGGAGAUAAUUGUACAUCAACGAAAGGAUCACAAUUGUGCAAGAGGAAAUACAAUGCUGGCUUUAUUUUACCUCCAGUUUUAUCUUCUCGAAUCACUACAAAAAAUAAACUUGUUUUUAAAUAUGGAUUAGUUGAAAUACGUGCUAAACUCCCCAGAGGUGAUUGGAUAUAUCCAGAACUGUAUUUGAAUCCUGCUACAGAAAAGUAUGGUCCAAAUUAUCAAUCGGGUCAAAUUAGAAUAGCGUUUACUCCGGGAAACGCCGACAUGAAUACCGUACUUCACGGUGGUGUUAUCCUGGGAAAUACUUUAGCAGCUAGAGUACACGAAGACAAAACAAGUCAAUUAGCUAACGGACAUUGGUCCGAUGAGUUUCAUACAUUCGGUGUAAAAUGGACACCAAGUGAAAUAACGUUUAGUGUGGACGGAAGAAAUUAUGGAACGGUGUAUCCACCACCCAACGGUUUUGCUUCAUUGACACAACUACUAAAACUACCACCUCAAAAAUGGAAUGAAGGAUCGAAAUUUGCUCCAUUUGAUCAGGAGAUGUACUUGACAUUGGGUGUAGGUGUUGCUGGGUAUAAUUUUGAAGACAGAUCUUCGAAGCCAUGGAAAAAUGGAGAGAGAUACAGUUUUAGUAAUUUUUACUGCAAAGUGAAUGAUUGGAAGCCUACAUGGACAGAAAAUAGUAAAUUAGAAAUUGAUUACGUCAAAAUUAUAUCAUUUGGAUUGGAAUGGAAAAACAGAACCAAAUUUCCUCGAACAUUUUCGGGACAAUUGAGUAUAGAAAUGUUAUAUAUAUUCUUGAUUUUCUGUAAUUUUGGUUUUCUGAUGGCACAAUAUGAAGUGCCUGAAGCUAUAGUAGAAGCCUAUCAUCCCAAAGGUUUUUCUGUAUCUAUACCAGAUGAAGAAGGUAUAAAACUGUUUGCAUUCCAUGGAAAAAUUAAUCAAGAAAUGAAUUAUAGAGAAGCAGGAACUUUUUCUAGAGAUAUCUUGAAACCUAAGUAUGGAUUUUGGACUUUUAGUGAUUCAUCGACGAAACUGAAGAUUGGAGACCGAAUUUAUUUUUGGACUUACGUUGAAUAUUUUAACGGACAGUCCAAACUGGGAUACCCCAAGGACGAUCAGAUAUUUACUGUAACAGAACUAAUUCAUAAGCCUCCUGGUAGAGAUAGAAUACCAGGUGGUGGUUCAGCAUUUUCGAAAUCAAGCUCAACAUCGACAACAACUACAUCGUUACCAGAUGUAGAACUUACUGAUAAUAAUGAUAUCUGUGAGCCCACAGUUACUACUAUAAAUGGAGGACUCAGUACAUGUAAAGAGAGACUGAUCUUUGAUGAGCCUUUCAAUAAUCAGAUCACAUCAAAAUAUUGGAACAUAGAAAAUAGAUUGGCAGGAAAACCAGAUUAUGAAUUCGUGAUCUAUUCUGAUAGACCAGAAACAAUUUUUGUUGCUAAUCAUACGUUAGUUAUAAAGCCAGAAUUAGCUGAUGAUGUAUACGGUCCAAAUUUUGUGGAGCAAUCUUUUGAUUUUAAAGAACGAUGUACCGGUAUCGUGGGAAGCUUAGAAUGUCGUUAUAAACCUGACGCCGGAUUUAUUCUGCCACCGGUACUAUCGGCAAAGAUGACUACCCUUAAUAAAUUCUCCUUUAAAUACGGCAAGAUAGAAGUAAGAGCAAAACUACCGAAAGGAGAUUGGUUAUACCCAAUAUUGACCCUCAAUCCAGUUUAUGAAGAAUACGGUCCUGAUUACGAGUCGGGUCAAAUUAGGAUAGCCUUCAGUCCAGGAAAUGAAAAUUAUAAUGAACUUUUGUAUGGAGGAGUCGUUUUGGGUCCCACUAUCAGUGCUCGAGAUUAUGGUAUGCGACAAACCACUAGAAAUAUGGGGUGGUCUAACGAGUUCCAUAGAUUUGGAGUAACUUGGAAAGAAGAUGAAAUAAUAUUGACGGUAAACGACAAAAUUUAUGGGACUAUAGUUCCCCCUGCUGGUGGAUUUUCAACACUAGCUUCAAUGUUGGAAAUUAAAAAUGGCGAUCGAUUGAAAUACGGAUCAGUGCUGGCACCUUUCGAUAAAGAGAUGUAUAUUAGUGUUGGAGUAGGAGCAGGAGGAUUUAUUUUUGAUGAUAGAGCAGACGGUACCAAACCUUGGAAAAAUGGUGAACGCUUGAGUACUAAAAAAUUCCAUAUGGCACAACCUAUCUGGAGUAGUACUUGGAACAAGUACAGUGCGCUGUUAGUGACAUCUAUUAAAGUAUGUAUCACAACAGAAAGUGGACCAAUUGCGCCGCAAAAAAUAUGUUCCGGUGAUUUGAUAUUCCAAGAUAAUUUUGAUAAACUGGAUUCGAGUAAAUGGGAUCACGAGCAAACACUUGGAGGAGGCGGGUGGGUACCUGAAACUUCUCUUCAAGUAAGAGCUCUUUUAGAAAGACAAGCUACGCUACAGGCAGCUAGAAUAGCCAUAGAAACCCCAGAACAAUCGCAGGCGAGAAGAAUUUCAUGCAUGAGGAUUGACAACAACGGAUACCGUCGGACUAGAAAUGCCACCAAUAUCCUCAAUCCAAUCAAAAGUGCUCGAAUGAGAACUUUGAAAGCGUUCUCAUUUGAUGGUAGAGUAGAAGUACGAGCACAAACACCUUCUGGAGAUUGGUUAUGGCCUGCUAUUUGGUUAUUACCAAGUGAAUGGAAAUACGGCAGCUGGCCGACUUUAGGUGAAAUAGAUAUUAUGGAAACUAGAGGCAACAAGCAUUUAGUAGUUGGAGGAAAUGACGAUAUCGGAGCUUGCCUUGCAGCUACGAUCGGAGGUAAUUUCUUUCCCGAUGGAUAUGGUUGGAAACCUUGGCAGAAUUCAUCUCCUAAUCCUAUGAGCCAGUUUUGGUGGGGCAGAAAACAAUGGGAGCCUACUUGGAAUUUAAGUAGUGAACAAUCUCAUUUCAAAAUUGAUUAUGUACAAGCGAAAAUGAUUCUAACUACAUUAAUAAUAAAUUUGUUAGUAUAUAAUGUCCAUAGUUGCGUGGAAUCAAUAACAACCGUGAGUGGAACUCAUGCUGCAGCUACAGUUUGUUCUGGAGAUUUGAUUUUUGAAGAUAACUUCAGUAAACUAGACUUGACAAAAUGGCAGCAUGAGCAAACACUUGGAGGGGGUGGGAAUUGGGAAUUCCAAUGGUACACCAAUAACAGAAGUAAUAGUUACGUUGAAAAUGGUUAUCUAAAUAUACGACCUACUCUUGUUGCUGAUGAAUUUGGAAAUGACUUCUUAUAUUCUGGUACUCUAGAUAUUAACGGGGGCUCUCCGGCAGAUCAGUGCACAAAUCCACAAUGGUAUGGAUGUUCACGUACUGGCACACCAACUAACAUAGUAAAUCCCAUUAAAAGUGCCCGAAUGCGUACCAUCGAUUCAUUUGCAUUCAAAUACGGUAAAGUGGAAGUUAGAGCUAAAAUUCCCGCUGGAGACUGGCUGUGGCCAGCGAUUUGGUUACUACCCAGAUGGAAUCAAUAUUCUGGUUGGCCAUCAUCUGGAGAAAUAGAUAUAAUGGAGUCGCGUGGCAACAAAAAAUUAGUCAAUACCAAUGGAGUGAAUAUAGGAGUGCAACAAGUAGGAAGUACUCUUCAUUGGGGUCCAAACUAUAAUUAUAACAAAUAUUCCCUAACACAUUACGAAAAAAAUCUAGCAACGGGAUUCGAUGUAGAUUUCCAUAGAUAUCAGCUGGAAUGGACAACAGAAUACAUAAAAUUCGCUGUUGACGAUGAGGAAAUUGGUAGAGUUACUCCUCCUGGUGGUGGAUUCUGGGAACUAGGUAAUUUAGCGUCUACCGGAUUAGAUAAUCCAUGGAAAAGAGACAGUAAAAUGGCUCCUUUUGAUCAAGAGUUUUACAUAAUUUUGAAUGUUGCCGUUGGUGGAGUUUCCUUUUUCCCGGAUGAUGCUACAAAUACACCAGGUGGAAAGCCGUGGGCGAAUACCUCUCCGAAAGCUGCUACAGAUUUUUGGGAGGGUAGAGAACAGUGGUUAUCAACAUGGAAUAAUCUUAAAAACGAUGAUAUUAAUUUGAAAGUGGAUUAUGUUAGAGUAUGGGCUUUGUAAUAUAAGUAGGUUUUAUACAUAA